AUGGACUCCUCAUCCAUUCAGCAGGACAUUCACUCGGAGAACAGAAGCAGCAAUGGAGCCCCUAGCAGCUCUGAAGAACUUCUGGAUUGUAAAUCUGAGUCAGAUUUGCCAAUCACAACAGGUGAAAUUAAUGCUACCAGUAUAAACACCAACAAAGUGCCAAAUGAAGAGGAAAGUCUGGUGAUAAACAGCAAAGUGGACACCUGCCAGGAUGGGCCAGAUUUGCUCUUCCCCGACUCUCCUGUAUCUUUUGACCCCACCAGCAAUAUGCAGGGUCAAGAGUCGUCCCCAGGUGUGACUGGUUUCCAUGACAGCCUAAGGAAGUCUCAGGGAACUAGUGCUGAGGGCAUAGUUCUUAGAAAAGAAGCUUUGCAGUCUCUCAAACUAAGUCUUCCCAUGCAAGAAACUGAAUUGUGCUCAGCAGAGUCUUCACUCCCACUGGAGAAAGAAGAACAAAUAAGACUUCAAGCAAGAAGACGUCUGGAAGAACAGCUGAAACAAUACAGAGUGAAGAGACAUCAAGAAAGAUCUAAUCAGUCUACAUCCAAAACCCGGCCUUCCAGCACCCUGGAUCCUGAGCUGAUGUUAAAUCCAGAAAUCUUGCCAAGAGCUAGCACUGUAGCAAUGACAAAAGAAUACUCCUUUCUGCGGACCAGUGUCCCCAGGGGGCCAAAAUUGGGUAGCUUGGGACUUCCAGCAUCCUCAAAAGAGAGAAGAAAUUCAAAAUCUAAGCCCAGUAAGAUCCGGUCCUUGGCUGACUACAGAACUGAAGAUUCGGGCUCUGGAAACGCUCCAGGGAAUUUUGUGGCUACUGAUUUAUCUGGUGGGACUCUGAAGCAAAGCAGAAGUGGUCCAACAUCAGUUGUUUCCGAGAUUAGUCUGCCCUCUGACGUAGAUGAUCGAAUAGAGAAUUCCUCCUUGGCAGGAGAUAGCUUUUCCGAGAUUGAUGGGAGUGACGUGGGAAUGAGGCUGGAUGGAAAUGAGAGUGACAGCUCAACCUACAGCAGCGUGUCAGGAAGAGGGCUGUAUAACAGUUUACAGACUGCAGAAGCCAAACAGGGUAUUCCGUAUACAAUAAACGGUCAGAAGAUACAUCCUGAUGCAAUGGGGCAGUUUCCUUCCAUCAGUGAUGUGCUGCAGGCUGCAGCAGUGGAGCAUCAGGCCCAGGAGCAAGAAGUUAAUGGGGAAGUACGGAGCAGGAGAGACAGUAUUUCUAGCAGUGUUUCUAUGGAAAGCUCUGUCGCAGGGACCCAUGACGAAAUGUUGCAGGUUCUGAAGGAGAAGAUGAGACUUGAAGGGCAGCUAGAAGCACUCUCACUAGAAGCUAAUCAGGCUCUCAAAGAGAAGACUGAGCUACAAGCCCAACUUGCAGCUUUGAACAUGAAGCUUCAGGCACAGAUGGAGCACAGCCAGAACAGCCAGCAGAAGCAGGAAUCUCUGAGCUCAGAAGUGGCCACAUUAAAGCAGUCUUGCUGGGAUCUGGAACGAGCAAUGGCUGACCUGCAAAAUACCUUGGAAGCUAAGAAUGCUAGUUUGGCUUCUUCAAAUAAUGACUUGCAGUUAGCAGAGCAGCAGUACCAAAGACUCCUGCUGAAGGUUGAAGAUAUGCAAAAAAAUGUUCUCACCAGAGACAGCACAGUUCAUGACCUGCGGCAGCAGUUGGCUUCCUUACAGAGCCAGCUCCAGAAGGUGCAGCUGGAACGGGCCACACUCACCAAUAAGCUGAAGGCGUCUGAAACGGAAAUCACUUCGCUCCAGAACGUGCGGCACUGGUACCAGCAGCAGCUGGUGCUGGCACAGGAGGCCAGGGUCAGGCUGCAGAGUGAGAUGGCCAAUAUACAGGCUGGCCAAAUGACCCAAGCAGGUAUGUUGGAACAUCUCAAACUGGAGAAUGUGGCACUGUCUCAGCAGCUGACUGAAACCCAGCACAGAUCCAUUAAAGAAAAGGAACGUAUUGCAGCACAGCUGCAAAAUAUUGAGGCUGACAUGUUAGAUCAAGAAGCUGCCUUUGUGCAGAUCCAGGAAGCUAAAACCAUGGUGGAAGAAGACUUGCAGAGAAAGCUAGAGGAGUUUGAGGAUGAGAAAGAACAGCUUCAGAAAAUGGCUGAUUCUGCAGCAACAUUGGAGCAAGAAUUGGAACAGGUCAAGUUGACUUUGCAUCAGCGAGAUCUGCAGCUUGAAUCUUUACAGCAAGAACAUCUAGACCUAAUGAAGCAAUUCACCCAGAUCCAAGAGACACUGCACACCAAAGAGCAAUCCCUGGAUGACCUGCAAACACAGUAUGAUGAACUGAUGGCCAGAUUAGAAGAAUUCCAAAGUGAUGCUACUUCUAAAGAUGACACAAUCCAAUAUUUGCAGAAUGAGAAGAUUGUCUUGGAAGUGGCUCUGCAGGCAGCAAAAGCAAGCAAAGAGCAACUUGAUGAAGGAGCAGCGCGCCUUGGACAAGAUACAGAAGUAGCAUCAGAAGUCUUGGAACAACUAAGACAAGAAAUGGCAGUCAAGUCCAGCCAGGUAGAAAAUCUGCAACAAGAAAACGCCAGCCUUAAAAAACAGGUUCAGAAAGUGAAGGAACAGUUUCUGCAGCAGAAGGUAAUGGUGGAAGCUUAUCGAAGAGAUGCAAGUUCUAAGGACCAGCUGAUAAGUGAACUGAAAGCUACAAAGAAACGACUGGACUCAGAAGUGAAAGAGUUAAAACGAGAGCUAAUGAAAAUUCAAGUUGAAAAACAGUCACUUGAAUCUGAACAUUCAAAACUACAGAAGGAAGUAUCUCAGGUUCACCAGCAGAUGGUGGAAAUAGAAAAUCAUCUUCAGGCAGUGCAGAAAGAACGAGAUGACAUGGAAACACGCCUGCAGGCUUUGCAGUUCGAUAAGGAACAAAUGGCAUCUCUUGCUGAGGCAAAUCAGGAAUUAAAACAACAAGUAGAACAAAUGCAAGAAGAAGCAAAAAAGGCCAUUACUGAGCAGAAGCAGAAAAUGAAGCUUCUGGGGUCAGAUCUGACAAGUGCUCAGAAAGAGAUGAAGGCAAAACAUAAAGCCUAUGAGAAUGCAGUUGGCAUUCUUAGUCGUCGGCUGCAGGAAUCCCUCACUGCAAAGGAAUCUGCUGAAGCAGAGUUGAGCAAACUAAAAGCACAAAUGGCUGAUGCUGGAAACAACCAGAUUGCUCAAGGAAGGAUUCAAGCUCUGGAGACAGAACUGCAAGCUGUUAGGAGCAGUAAAUUGAUGCUGGAAAAAGAGCUGCAAGAAGUGAUUUCACUUACCAGCCAGGAGCUUGAAGAAUACAGAGAGAAAGUGCUGGAACUUGAGGAUGAGCUUCAGGAAUCCAGAGGCUUCAGGAAGAAAAUAAAACGUUUAGAAGAAAUUAAUAAGAAGAUGGCCCUUGAACUGGAGCAUGAGCGUGGAAAACUUACAGGUCUCAGUCAAUCCAACGCUGCUUUGCGGGAGCACAACAAUAUCCUUGAAACAGCAUUAGCAAAAAGAGAGGCAGACUUGGUACAACUGAAUCUGCAGGUUCAGGCAGUGCUGAAGCGGAAAGAGGAAGAGGAUCAGCAAAUGCAACAACUUAUUCAAGCUUUACAGGCUUCCUUAGAAAAAGAAAAGUCAAAAGUUAAAGACCUUAAGAAGCAGGAAGCAGCAGCCAAAGCGGAUGCAGCACACAACCGGCGUCAUUACAGGGCUGCUGUGCUUGAGCUCAGUGAAAUCAAGAAAGAGCUACAUGCCAAAGAACUGCUUAUCCAGGCCCUGCAGGCUGAAGUGGACAAACUGCAGGUAGAGGAUGAGAAGCAUUCCCAGGAGGUAUCACAGUUUCAGCAAGAGUUGGCCGAAACCAGGUCUCAGCUCCAACUUCUGCAGAAGAACCUGGAUGACAAACUUCGUGAAGAGCCUGUAGUAAGUCAAGAGGUGGAAGACCUUAAAUGGGAAGUAGAACAAAAAGAAAGAGAAAUUGAAACACUUCAGCAGCAGCUGGAUAUGAAUGAACAGCGCAGCCGCAAGGAGUUAGAAGGGGUUCAAGUUGUCUUGCAGAAUAUCAAGACAGAGCUGGAAAUGGUGAGGGAAGACCUGUCAGUGACUCGUAAGGAUAAGUUUAUGCUGCAGGUUAAAGUGACUGAACUGAAGAACAGCAUGAAGUCACUGCUGCAGCAGAACCAGCAACUGAAGCUGGAUCUGAAGCAUGGGAAGAUGAAGAAGAGGAAGGAACUGAAAGGAGAGAAUAACUCUUCAAAUCCUGCGACUCCAGUCAAGAUUCCUGAUUGUCCAGUGCCUGCUGCCUUGUUGGAAGAACUGUUGAAACCAUCAACAGCUGUGAGCAAGGAGCCUUUAAAAAAUCUGAACAGCUGUCUCCAGCAAUUGAAGCAAGAGAUGGACAGCCUCCAGCGUCAGAUGGAGGAACACACCAUCACAGUACAUGAAUCAAUGUCUUCAUGGACUCAGAUUGAGGGGCAGCUAAUGGACCUUACCUCAGCUAGUCCUGCAACUGCAGCAGACCAGCUGGAGAUUCCUACUGUAGAUGAAAAGAAACAGAAUUGUAGUGUGAGUGACGAGGAAGCUCUGACACUAUAACCUUGUUACCAGUUGUCUUUCUUCCUAUUGCUUUAAGUAUCUAAACAAAUCUUUAUCAAAGUUAUUUAUUUAUUUCAUGUUCAAAAA